AUGAUGUCAUAUCCUGUUGAAUAUUCAACUUUAUACAUUGAUGAAAGUGGCGAAACUGGGGAAGUCACAAUGUCAGUUAACAAUAUUCCAAUUUUCAUGGAUUUAAUGGAUAAGAAAUAUUUCAUCGUCACAAAGAUUAUUCAAUAUAUUAUUCUGAAUCCACUUGCUUUUAAUGAAAGAUGCGUUCCCGGUGAACAGCAUUAUUAUGUCGACAACAAUCCGUCAUUGAAUUGUCUUCUGACACAACCAGAUGCAAUAAUUGCUCUUCGUCAUAAACUAUCAGGUGAUUUUUAUGAACAAUUUCCAGACAGCGUAUACCAGGUGUUUAUCAAUGGAAUUGUUCGACGACGUGACAAAAAACAAAGAAAGGCUACGUGCUUUACUGAUGCUGAACACGUCACUACUACUACUGAUACUACUGCUACUGUCUCAAGUAUUACAAUAACAUCGUCCGACGCUGAACCAUAUACGAAAGAAUCACUUCUUAAAAUUUACUCUCACCUCAUCGACUAUUUUUCUCAAUCCACCACUGAUCCAAUAGCAUUUCCUGAUGAAAGAAGUUAUCCGAAGAUUUACAUUUCUAAUCAAGAUCUAAAACAACUGGUACAGCUAACGCAAAAAAAGUACUUAGCUGAUUCUGAAGCAGCACAUAGUGAUUCCCUGGAAAUAUAUCUACCAUCACCCGACAUGAACAAACAUGAUAAGCAAUUUUAUCUGCUUCCAAACUAUCCUGCACUGCACUCAUUAGUCGCAAGAUGCGAAAAGUAUCGUUCCACCAGUACACCAAACUAUCCAUUACGCAUCGUCCAUGAUGAUCAACAUCAGUUUGCAACAGAUAAUGAUACACCAGAACUAAGUCAAGAAUUUCUUCUCCAAAAACCUGAAAGUGGAUCACGUCCUUUAUGA